GUCCCCGCAGUAUUUCGGUCCUGGUUUCCGGUCACUAUGUCGGACGCCACGGUAGCGGAUACCCGGCGGCUAAACUCCAAGCCCCAGGACUUGACGGACGCCUACGGCCCUCCCAGCAACUUCCUAGAGAUCGAUAUCUUUAACCCACAGACUGUGGGAGUCGGGCGCAACCGAUACACAGUGUACGAGGUCCGCAUGAGGACAAAUCUGCCCAUCUUUAAACUGAAAGAUUCCUGCGUUCGAAGAAGGUAUAGUGACUUUGAGUGGCUGAAGAAUGAACUGGAGCGAGACAGCAAGAUUGUAGUACCACCACUACCAGGGAAAGCGCUAAAGAGACAGCUGCCAUUCCGAGGGGAUGAAGGGAUAUUUGAAGAGUCAUUUAUUGAAGAAAGAAAGCAGGGCCUGGAACAGUUUAUUAACAAGAUUGCCGGACACCCCCUUGCCCAGAAUGAACGGUGUCUGCAUAUGUUCUUGCAAGAUGAAACAAUUGAUAGGAAUUAUGUGCCAGGCAAAGUGCGCCAAUAAGGGACAAAGGCAAAUCCCUCCACACCUUUUAUUGCCCCUCACAUCAUCAUCGCCUGCUAAAUUACAUAUAUUUUUACACUACUCCCACUUAAACUCCCUUCUCUGCCAUGUUUCCCUUUGCCUUUAAAGGUCACUGUAUCCCCACUCCUGCUGCUCUAUACAGAAUGAUGCCUGAGGGUGCUGACGAAAGCAUUAAACAAGCCUGGCAACCUCCUGUACCAUGGGUAUCUCUGGAAAUAGGAAAUUCAGCACCAGAACCUCCCCUUACAUGUCUUAGCUCUGCAGUGAGAGUGGUGCUGAUACUAAGAUGUAACCCUUUCUUAAGACCACAGUGACCUUGCUGUGGAAGGCUAUGGAUAUAAUUUGAAGGGGAACUUAAGUCUCUUUCCAUGUCUCAUGACCUUUAACCCUCGACAAAUCUUUACAUACAAUCUGUCGAUUAUUAAGGUCUGAGGCUAAUUAAUUAUGCCCUUUCAACCCCCUCAUUAUAUAACUACAUAUGUUUAUGUAACAUUCAGAACAAAUGUUCAUGUAUGGUGUACAAGCAGCUAUAAAAAGAGGCAAGCUUUAAAUCGUGUAUGCUUUAAUAUGCAAGUGACCAAACCAUUAUUGGUCAGAAUAUGAUUUAGCUACUCAGACCUACGCUGGUAUGGCUGCAUUGGCUCUGAGACUAAAAGAAGCUGAAUCCUUCGUUUAAAGCUUUGAAUACCUCGUUGCUAAGAAGAGCAGGCACAGCAGAGAUAUAGUAUAAGGAUUCCAGAGCCAGGUGGUGAAUUCUAUGAUGGGCUCUCAUCCCAUACGAUCAAACAAAAUGCCUUUUUAAUGGUGGAGCUUAACAGAAGAAAACACUGUUUCCCGACAUAAGUUUUGCGUCCACUUCAAAGAUGUUCUUUAACUGCCUGUGAUCAGAUUGGGGAAGACGUUUCUGUGACUGGAUUGAUGGAGUCAUCCCUAGGAUUUGCAGAAGGGAUCAAAUCUGAUGGAAGAUUCAGUGCUCUUCUUGCUCAACUGCAUAGGUGGGGUGGAGGUUGUGGUUGUUAAUUUUCCCUUAAUAGGGUCAUGACUGGAUGGAGAGUGGGGCAGAUGGCCUGCGACAUGACCAUCAGCUGCAGAUUCAGAGGAGCAGUCACCAUCAUCACUGGUCAGCUCUUGAUAGGGCGUCUCAUGUCUGUCACUAGAGGAGUUUGUGUGGCCACCGGUGUAUGCCGAUCAGUUGCAUCAGUGUCAAGCCUGGGCUUCUGGGCAUCUUUGCUGCCUGCGUCCUUGUGUUGGAGAACAUUUCUGUGUAUAUAAAUAUCUAUAUCUCAAAGA